AGAGAGGGGAAUAAAGAGGGAGGAAGAGAAAGAGACAAGCACUAAUCUGUGCUCAUGGGUCGGACAGUAUAUACUCUGCCGGUAGUGACAGCACUUCUUUACACUCUCUUCCAGCGUGGAUUAUCUGUGUUGUGUUUUUGGAUUAUUUGGAUGGAAUAUUUUAAGGUGAAAGGGAUUCCCACCACUGGGGAAAAUCCAAAAGUGUGUCCUGGCACAGAGUGAGGAGAAGAGGAGGAGGGAGGACAGCAGCAAAUUUUCCCCUCAUCUUUGCCUCCGCAGGCGUUUCUUCUGUGGGAGAAUGGGGGCAGGAGCUCUGACCAUCUGUCACAACAAGACAGCGGUGCAGGUUAAAGAAGACAUGAAGAAGAUUGUCCAGAUACCUUUACUGAGACCCAGGACAGUGGCUGCGAAGCACACCAAGCUGUUUGGAGUGUCCCUGUUGGAGUUGCGGGAGAAGGGCCUGGUGGAGGAUGGUGUGCCUCUGGUGGUGCGGAGGAUGGUGGAGCAUCUCCGCAAGCAUGCCCUGCAACAGGAGGGUCUGUUCAGAGUGAAUGGGAAUGUCCGGGCUGUGGAGACCUUGAAACAGCGGCUGGAGGGUGGCGAGGAGGUGGACCUUCUCUCUGAAUCUGAGACAUGUACGGUGGCCAGUUUGCUUAAACGGUAUCUGAGGGACCUACCAGAGGGUCUGGUAGGCUCAGCAGUCCAACAGGCACUGAUACAGCACUACCAAGAGUGUGGUGAAGAUGGCUCUUGGUUAGAUGUGAGAGAUCUGCUCCAGCAACUUCCAGAUGUCCACCACAGCCUCCUCCGCUACCUCUGCCACUUCCUCACCCUUGUGGAGUGCAACCACAAUGACAACCGCAUGACUGCCCUCAACCUCGCCACUGUGUUUGGACCCAGUGUCUUCCACGUGGCUCCUGGUUUUGAAGCAAUGAAGGACCAAAAUAUCUGCAACAAGAUCAUGGUCAAGCUCAUCCAGAACUACAGCAAUAUAUUUGAGACAGACAAAGAAAAAGAAGGAAGGACAGAGGAAAUAUCAACCCUUAUCAUUGUCAAGGAGGUGCAUGUGACAGAUACAGACACAAAGACGUCACCCAGCAACCUCAAUGCAAAGACACCGACACCAGUUCCCAGGAAGAAAGUGCGUGCUCGGCUUUUCAGUAGCACGCCUGCAUGUGUUGGACAAAACAACUUGACAGAAAAUGCAGCACAUCUGAACAAAUCCUCCACUGGCACUCCCAAGGCAAGACCACGGAAGAAGAAGGUGAGGAAAGGGAAGAGUGACGGCAUGCCUGAGGACGCCCCUCAGCCCAACCGCUCCUCUCGGUUACCCCAUGCACGGCCUCUCUCCAUACCAAUAGUUUUGCCCCUGACCACUGAGCUGAGGAGUCCCAGUCCAGAGGUGAUGGAAACGACUCCCAUACCUCUGGCUCGCCAAGACACCCCAGACACUGCCUCGCACCAGGGCCAUCUCGAUGUCAGCCCCCCUGGCAGCAUGGAGGCCCUCAGCAGUUCCCAAGAAGAAGAGCGGCCAAUAUCUCCUUUCUACAUGAGUAACCACCUCUCCCCUGUCCACUGCAGACCAGAUGUGGUGAAUAUUCUGGACAGGACGAUACGUUCAUCCGUGGAGCAGCACCUCUUUGAUAUGAACCCUUUAGGGGAUCAAAGUUCAGAGGACUGUGAGCUGACCCCGUGUCUGCUGUCUGCAAAGGUGACACCAACUGCGCGACAGAGACGUCGACACCACAGAGAGCAGCAGGAGGACGGUCUGAGGCACCGAGAAAGAAACAGAGCUGCAUCCGUCAGGGCAGACACCAACAAGGAGAACAUCCCGUUGAGCGGUGGAAGCAGUGGAAGCAGUGGAAGCAGCUCAGGCAGCGUGGGGGAGGACACAGGCAGCAGCAGUGUGGACUCACAGGGAGGCCAGAGUGGUCACACUGAAAAAACCCCCAAACCCAGGAAGUCAAAACACAGCCCUACACUGGUGCAGCUCACCGACAACCAGGACGCACACGCAGUGAAGGAAUGUGUUGCUGAGAGAUCUGGAGAAAACCACAUGGAUACAUUUCAGAAAGGGAAUGACAUUUCAAGAAAUCAUGGCCUUCCUUCUCCACCACAGACGUUGAGGAUGAAGAUCCAGGAGUCGCCCGUCACUUGUGACAUGGGGAGGGUCAGCAGUGGAGAGGUGCGAGGCUCAGACCCGGACUGUGAGAAGACAAGCUGCGAGGAUGUUCCCCGGCUGGACCUGACAGCACUGACCGAGGAUAACAACUGGGGAGAUUCUCCGUUUUUUAACACCCCUUUCCUUGAUUUCAAAAGCAUUUUCCAUCCAAGUUGUGAUGAGCCAGUCCCAGCAUACUCAUCUCUGCAGAGGGAGAGCAUGGACCGCGAGGAAGCUCGACUGUCCCCUCACGCCGGAGGACGACUGAUCCGCCAGUUGCUGGAGGAAGACAGCGACCCGAUGCUGUCCCCUCGUUUCUACGCCUACGGACAGUGCCAGCAGUACCUGGACGACACUGAAGUGCCUCCCUCACCGCCAAAUGCACACUCGUUUGUCAGUCGCAGGCGGAGUUCAUCUCUCGGCUCCUGUGACAAUGAGAAAGAGGAGUUGACAUCAGCUCAGCUCACGAAGAGGAUUCAUGUCCUGAAGAAAAAGAUCCACAGAUUUGAGGAGAAGUUUGAAGAGGAGCGGAAAUACAGGCCUUCCCACAGUGACAAAGCUGAAAACUCAGAGGUGAUGAGAUGGGUAAACGAACUGGCCAAGCUUCGUAAAGAUCUUAAAGAACACAAGCUCCUGAAGUCUGAAGAGGACCUGCCUCCUCUGACCCGUCAGCGCAGCAACACGCUGCCCAAAAGCUUCGGCUCUCAACUGGAGAAGAAACCUCAGCAGGAGAAAGUGCCCAAGCCGCCAGUGGAGAGCACCCUGGAGACCAUUUUAAAGAAGCUACAGGAGAAGAGGGAGGAGGUGAACCGCCCCGAGGACAUCAAGGAUAUGACACGGGAGCAGAUCGGAGCAGAGAAAGUAGCCCUGCAGAAAGCUCUCCUCUACUACGAGAGCAUACAUGGCCGACCAGUCACCAAAAGCGAGAGGCAAAUCAUGAAACCCCUGUAUGACAGAUAUCGCCUGGUCAAGCAGAUCCUGUGCAGAGCCUCCACCAUCCCUGUCAUUGGCUCUCCCUCCAGCAAGCGCCGAGGUCCCCUCCUUCAGCCAAUUAUCGAGGGCGAAACCGCGCUCUUCUUCGAUGAUAUCAAGGAGGAGGAGGACGGCUCUGAGGACGACGGAGACUCAAAGACUCAGUUCACUGUGACCGUCCGGCCCGACCUCAGCGUGCUCAGCUUCCUGGACCACAUGGACGAGGAAGUGGACGGUUUCAUUUCACCAGUGGAUGAACUCUCACCGUCUAAAAACACAACGGAUAUGAGGCUGUCUAACCUUCACUCUGCCACCAUACAGGAACUUCUGGAGCAGCUUCAAGAGACCAGAGAGGAGAAGAAGAGAAUCCGCAAAAACCUGAAAGAGUUUGAGGACCAGUUCUUUAGACAAAACGGAAGAAAUGUGCAGAAGGAGGACCGCUCCCCGUUGGCAGUGGAGUACAACGAAUACAAGCACAUUAAAGCCAAACUGCGGCUGCUGGAAGUUCUCAUCAGCAAAAGAGACUCAACUAAGUUCAUCUGAGGAAAAAAAAAAGACUCUAAAAGGACUGUUGCUUAGUUUCUGGAGAUACAGUCAAACACACCUCACCCCGAUUUCCCUUCUCGUUGCCAUCUGUGCUGCUCAUGUUUCUGACUCGGGGAACAGCCUGUUAGUCUACUCUGUUGAUCUCUGACGUCCACAGAGAGCCACCAACCCACGACUGAUUCAAAGCCACACAAAGUCACCUGCUUCACCUGAGGAGUUCAUCUCCAACCAAACCUCACCUUCACAAGAGGACGUUUCUCCAGACUUAAGCAGGACACACAAAUAACCUGAAUCACACUUGUAUUGUUAAUAAUUUAUUUCUAUUCUUUUGAACAUUUUUAUCAGAACAGAAAAGUUAUUUUUCUCACGCUUUAUUGUAGAAGUCUUAAAAAAAAAAAACCUUGUAAGUAAAAUAAUAGAUAUGGAAUUACUGCUAUUUUUAAAGAAGGAUUUUGCGAUCAAGAUUUCUGUGUAUUUUUGUAAGGGAGAUGUUACUAUUUGUAUAACUUCAAUCAGCUGAACAGUAUUUACUAAACCAAUAGCUUUCUCUGUUUCAGUUCUGACCAGCAUAUAAUGUCUGACAUAAUCUUAUGUUGCUUCUCUAGAAGUUAAAUCGAGUAUUUGCUCACUAAAACAAGUGGUUUCUAAUUUUAAUAAAACCCAAAGACAGAGACUCAGAGUACACACUAUGAACCAAAAUGGCUCAAAUGUUCAUUAUAUUCAACACAACAGCUUAUUUUUUGUGAUCACUGGUACUUACCUAAACAUUUGACUGUGUAUUUUAUGCAUUGACGUGCUUUUUUCCCCAUUUACUUCAUGUCAAAUAAGCUAUUUUUCGUCUUGAAAUCACUGGCAUGUUUGCGCUCUCACGUAUCAGAAUUGGUGAGGCCAUGUGUGAGACGACUGGAGGACAGAGAUGGUAGCUGAACACCCCAGUUUUCCCAGCGGUCUGUGUUUCCUUUCUCGUCUGCUCCAGAGCUUGUUUUGUUCUCUUGUAAAUAUGGAUCACUGUGUAUGUUUACAUUUCUGAGAGCGAGUAUUUUUUUCCUUUCUUUCUCCAAAAUGGAUGAUUAUCAGUGUGAAUUUCGUUUUUACUGAAUGUAAACACUGGCGAGGCUUAAUGAAUUUUGAGUGUGUACAUUUUAGUACAUAAAUUGUAUUUGUAUUUUGUAUAUAUCAUGAAUGAAAUCAUAUUUUUACUGAA